AUGCAGUGCUAUACAGAGCUCACGCCACCCACUGGUGUGCAGUACAGUCUCAGCUUGCCCUUCAUCUCAGCGCAAAGCAACAAUCUGGUCGUCGCAAAGGGCUCUUUACUGCAGAUCUUUUCGACAAAGACCAUUUCUUCCGAAGUCGACACAUCACAGACCCGAGAGCAACAGGUUUCCAGGGCCGAUGAGCCUUACGACCGCCGAUUGAACGACGAUGACGGCCUCGAGUCCUCCUUCCUGGGCGGCGACGGCAUGCUGGUUCGCGCCGACCGAUCAAACAACACCAAGCUCGUGCUUGUCGCCGAAUUCCCCAUAUUUGGCAUUGUGACGGGACUGGCGAGAAUAAAAUUGCAACACUCCAAGUCAGGAGGUGAAGCUCUCCUGAUUGCUACAAGAGUUGCCAGGCUGAGCUUGGUCCAGUGGGAUCCCGAGAAACACGCACUCGAGGAUAUCUCCAUCCACUACUACGAGAAAGAAGAACUGGAGGGCUCGCCAUUCGAUGGCCCAUUGAACAAUUACCGCACAUACCUUGCUGCCGAUCCGGGUUCGCGAUGCGCCGCCCUCAGGUUUGGCCCCAGAUAUAUCGCCUUUCUCCCGUUCAAGCAAGCCGAUGAGGACAUAGAUAUGGAUGACUGGGAUGAAGAUGUGGAUGGACCUCGGCCGGCAAAAGAGCCGUCAGCUGCAGCGGCCUCAAAUGGAACUAGCAACAUAGCAGAUGUACCAUACUCAACAUCAUACGUCCUCCCUCUACCGCAGCUUGAUCCCAGUCUCCUUCAUCCUGUGCACCUCGCCUUCUUGCAUGAGUACAGAGAGCCCACCUUUGGCAUCAUAUCCUCGACACAACGCCGCUCCCACACCUUACCUCGCAAGGACCACUUCUCUUACAAGGUCUUCACGCUCGACUUACAGCAGAGGGCCUCGACCGCGAUUCUCUCCGUCAACAACCUUCCCCAGGAUCUCUUCAAAAUCAUUGCCUUGCCAGGUCCUGUCGGUGGCGCUCUGCUCGUCGGCACGAACGAGUUGAUCCACAUAGAUCAAUCCGGAAAGCCGAAUGGUGUGGCCGUCAAUGCCUUCACCAAGGAAACUACAAACUUCCCUCUUGCAGAUCAGUCUGAUCUGGACUUGCGGCUCGAGAAUUGCUAUAUUGAACUCAUGUCUGCGGAGAAUGGGGAGUUGCUGAUGGUUCUAAGCGACGGGCGACUGGCCAUCAUCACGUUCAAAAUUGACGGACGCACAGUCUCAGGGGUCAGCGUCAAGCUCGUCUCAGCCGAGGUUGGCGGCAACGUUGUCCAAUGCAGCGUUUCUUCUAUUUCGAAGCUCAGCAAGAAUGUUUUCUUCUUGGGAACUACGGGAAGUGAUUCCCUUGUUCUCGGCUGGACACGAAAGCAGGCGCAAAAUGCACGCAGAAAAACACGGUUAGUCGACGAUUCCUUCGAGUACGACCUGGAAGACGAGGAUAUGGAUGAUGACGACGACGACGAUCUGUACGGUGAAACGACAACAACAAUGAUCCAACCCGGUGCGACUGCCAAUGGGGUUUCUAAAGGAGGAGAGUUGAGUUUCCGCAUCCACGAUUCCUUGCUGAGCAUAGCGCCCAUCAAGGAUAUGGUGUCGGGCAAGCAAGCGUUCGUCCCAGAUAGCGAGGAAGAGAAGAACUCAAUUGGUGUUGUAUCUGACCUGCAGCUCGCUUGUGCGGUGGGUAAGGGCAACGCCGGCGCUGUUGCUAUCAUGAACCAAAACAUUCAGCCAAAGGUCAUUGGCAAAUUCGAGUUCCCGGAGGCUAGAGGAUUCUGGACUAUGUGCGUCCAGAAACCCAUUCCAAAGUCUUUGCAGGGCGAUAAGGGGGCCAAUGCCGCGGUUGGCAGCGAGUUUGACGCUUCAUCUAUAUAUGACAAGUUUAUGAUUGUUUCCAAGGUCGAUCUAGAUGGAUAUGAGACGUCAGACGUUUAUGCUCUUACUGGCGCAGGCUUUGAGGCGUUGUCAGGGACCGAAUUUGAUCCCGCGGCUGGCUUUACGGUGGAGGCGGGUACUAUGGGAAAACAUUUGAGGAUCAUUCAAGUUCUCAAAUCGGAAGUACGGUGCUACGAUGGAGAUCUCGGGCUGAGUCAAAUUCUUCCGAUGCUCGAUGAGGAUACCGGCGCCGAGCCACGGGUGAUCAGCGCCAGCAUCGUUGACCCUUACCUUCUCCUAAUCCGAGACGACUCAAGCAUUAUGGUGGCCCAGAUCGACAGCAAUUGCGAGUUGGAGGAGAUGGAAAGAGCAGACGACACCAUUCUCUCAACCAAGUGGCUUGCAGGGUGCCUGUACAAAGACAUGAACGGUCGUUUUGGCCAAAAGACAAAAAAUGAGGCCGGACCAGAAGAUCACAACAUUUUCAUGUUCUUGCUGAGUGCGGCAGGAGCUCUCUACAUAUACGCCCUCCCUGACCUUUCCAAGCCAGUCUACGUUGCUGCUGGCUUGACCUAUGUUCCCCCUUUCCUCUCUGCGGACUAUGCCGUCAGACGAGGCACCGUCCAAGAGACACUGACUGAAAUCUUGAUGGCUGACCUUGGGGACGCUACCGCGACUUCACCACACCUCAUCGAUGAAUCCGUGGGUCUUGCCAAGACUCUUCAUUUCCGCAAAGUCAACAAUCCUUCUCUAGCCAAGAGUCCUGUUGAAGUUGCUGACGAUGACGCUAACGAGCAACCGCGCUUUGUUCCACUCCGAGCCUGCAGUGAUAUCAACGGUUACAGCACUGUCUUCUUGCCUGGCGCUUCGCCGUCCUUCAUCAUCAAGUCCGCCAAGAGCAGUCCGAAGGUUGUCGGCCUGCAGGGUAUUGGUGUACGUGGCAUGAGCUCAUUCCACACCGAGGGCUGCGAGCGUGGCUUCAUUUACGCUGAUUCCGAGGGCCAAACGCGAGUCACACAGCUCCCCGCGGACGCGAACUUUGCUGAACUCGGCGUUUCUGUGCGCAAAAUUCCAGUGGGUGAUGCGGUUGGCCUGAUUGCCUACCAUCCGCCAAUGGAGACCUACGCCGUUGCGUGCAGUGUCUCCGAGGCCUUCGAGCUGCCAAAGGACGAUGACUACCACAAGGAGUGGGCUAAGGAAACCACGACCAUAUACCCCCGGACCGAACGUGGCAUCAUCAAGCUCAUGAGCCCGACCACGUGGUCCGUCAUCGACACGGUGGAGCUCGAGCAGCACGAGGUAGCGAUGUGCAUGAAGACGCUUCACUUGGAAGUCUCCGAAGAAACCAAGGAGCGCCGUAUGCUCAUUACUAUCGGUACCGCCAUUAACCGCGGCGAGGACCUGCCCAUCCGCGGCCGUAUCCUCGUCUACGACGUCGUCCCUGUCGUCCCGCAACCCGGCCGCCCGGAGACGAACAAGAAGCUCAAGCUCGUUGCCAAGGAGGAGAUUCCCCGCGGCGCUGUCACCGCUAUCUGCGAGGUCGGCUCGCAGGGGCUCAUGCUCGUCGCUCAGGGACAGAAGUGCAUGGUGCGCGGUCUUAAGGAGGACGGCACGCUACUGCCCGUCGCCUUCAUGGACAUGAACUGCUACGUGACGGCGGUCCGCGAGGUCCGUGGCACGGGCUACUGUCUCAUGACGGACGCUUUCAAGGGCGUAUGGUUCGUCGGGUAUGCCGAGGAGCCGUACAAGAUGAUGCUCUUUGGCAAAAGCGCGGGCAAGUUCGAGGUGUCGACGGCCGACUUUGUUGUUGCUGGCGACGAGCUGCAUAUUGUCGUCUGUGACAAGGACGGCGUGAUCCAUGUGAUGCAAUUCGAUCCGGAGCAUCCCAAAUCACUCCAGGGCCAUCUCCUCUUGAACCGUGCCUCCUUCUCUGCGGCACCAAACCACCCAACAGCAACCCUCUCCCUCCCCCGAACCUCGGCGUCCCCGUCGCCCGCCAACGCCUCCAAGAACCCGCCCACGACCCUCCUGCUCGCCUCCCCAACGGGUGCCCUCGCCUCCCUCAACCCCCUCGGGGAACAAGCCUACCGCCGCCUGACGUCCCUCGCCAACAGCAUCGCCGGCGCCGUGCCGCAGGCCGCGGCCACGAACCCCAAAGCCCACCGUCUGCAGCCCCUCGACGCGCGCACGCCCGGCGUCGACACCAGCGCGGGCCGCAGCAUCGUCGACGGCGCGCUCCUCGCCCGCUGGAACGAGCUCGGCGCCGGGCGCCGGUUCGAAGUCGCCGGCAAGGGCGGCUACGGCGACGUCCUUGAGGUCAGGGGCGAGUUGGAAGGUGUCUUGGGUUGGAGCGGCAUGGCCUACUUUUAA